AGGUGGGAAAGGAAACACUCCAGCGGUCCGUCACACUCCCUCCUUUCCUCUCCCCUCCCCCCUUGACGAGCCGCUACACGUGUGCAGUCAUCAUGCUUGAGGGAUAAACGUGUGCACAACAGUCAUUAGAAGCUUUUGCUGCUCUGCCGCCUUACCAGCUUUGUUUACUCCAUUUAAAAGAAAGAGAAGAAAUCAUCCUUUGUUUUUCUAUCGGCGCUGAUUGAGUUGCCAUGCUUCUCGCCACCCCUCCCACGCCGGAGUCGAUCGAGUUCGAGGUGGAGGGGUCCGCCGACCGCACGACGAGCAGCGGCAUCGCGUUUACCGUAGAGGCAGGGAAUCGCGCUCCAUCAAACACACCACCGAAGCCCAACAGCACGGCCCACGCCAGCGCGGCGGCGGAGCGUGGAAGUCACCCCCACCCUUCACGGCUAUCACGGGCACGGAAAGCGACAGCGGCUGACCUCGACACCACCUCAUUCGCGUCUCUUCACUCGUCCUUGUCAGCAUCGCAGUCGGACACCUCCUCGCAGCGGACGCGCGGCUCCGCGCCGACUUCCUUCGUCUCGUCCUCUACCAUCCGCACCGCCUCCCUUUCGCACCCUCAUCCGCCGCAGCGCUUUGCCUCUCGUCAGACCUUCACCUCCAUCGUGUCUCCCGGCACGGCGCGCGACGUCUCCUUGGCGCGGGCUCGCAGUCCACGCGUGGCGGCGGUGUUGCGCGGCGGCGGUCCGCUCAGCCGUGGGCGACACAGCAUCAGCCCAAUGGCCCCCGACGCGCCCCGGGCACCCCCGGCGGAGCUGCAGGGCCCGCCGCGCUACCUGCGCGAGCGGGGGCUGACGCCGUCGCCGUCCGCCAUAGCAGCGAGGCGUCGCAGCAGUGCUCGUCGUGCCGCCGACGAGAAGCGGAAGGACUCAUCGAAUAGUACUCCAGAGAAGAAGAAGGGCAGGAAGGGCAGGAGGAGUGCGUCUCGCACGCCGUCGCCCGGGACGGUGUCCUCCGGCGGCAGCCGGGGUCGCCACUCGCAUCCCCUUUCGGGCCGCUCUCACGAGAAGGACCACAAGCACCGCCAUCACCAUAACAGGCAUCGAGAUGCCGCAGAACCAACAUCCAAGGCGAAGAGAAACGGCAAGAAGGAGAAGACGUCGGCGAGGGAGGCGCGGGUGCUGGGCCGAGGCACGGUGCUGGCGCCUGCCUGCGACACCGUGGACUCACAUAGCGCGGCGACAGCAGCAGCACCGUCAUUGCGGGGACCUCCGCUUACCGUACAACAGUUAGAGCAGCAGCAGCAGCAGCUGGGGUGGAACGCACGUGAUGCGUUGAGCUCGACGAGCUUCCAAAGUCUACACAGGCAAUCACCUCCCGUAGGAGGCAGAGACAGAGAAGGAGCGGCGAGGGGGGCCGACAUACGAGCACCACCGCCACGCGCCAACAGCCCGAGCAAUCGACUCAAUCCGCGUCCCUCCUUGGGUCCAGCGGGGAGAGAAAGCGCGAGAGAUCGUUCGCAAAGGACCCUCGACGAUGCCUCCAACAAACGCCGUGGUGGAAGCUGCAGCGGAUUGGACGAGGACACGGCGGUCGACCUCACGGUGCCAGUCUUAUCCGCUCACCACCGCGCUCGAACUGCGUGGCCGGCAUCCACCACGCGGCGAGGCAGCGGGCCGCCUGGCCCUGCCGCGUGGGAUAACGACCAGCGUCGCGGAUCUGGUGAUCCUCCGACCUCCAGCCGUUGUCGAUACGGAGGCUGUGACGACGACGGAGACGACGUUCACGCGAACGAUAGGGCACAGCGUAGUAGCAGCCGUACAGGUGUGGCGCCUCCUCCCGGUGCGUACUCGCUGCCGCCGUCCGCGCAACAGCAGCAGCCGGCUUUUCCCGACCCCGCCGAUUCGGUCCAGCACCCUUCUCAUCGGUUUGGCUUGCCAUCAUCAUCCGCAGGCGCUGGUGGUGGUGGAGCGCGCUUCAGUGCGUCACCGCAUCUGGCCGGGGCGUCGCCCAUCUUGGAUUCAUACGUGGCACAAUCCUUUAACAGUUCUCUUCCCGGCCACUCCACCGUGCUCGGUGGCGGUGGUGGCGCUCCAGCGACUUCCCACAGACAUGCGCGAGCAGCGGGUGUCAACUCCGCCCGCAAACGCAGUCUCCUGAAGCACAGCAAGCAGGACCAAGCGGAGGUGGAACUGGAGGUGGCGGUGUUAGCGGAGUCGGUGGAGGAGCUGCCGCCUACGGACACCCUUGAGCACUACGCUGCGCUUCUCCGGCGUUACGAAGCCCAGCAGCAGCAGCAGCAGCAGCGACGUGCGGCUCCCCAUGCGGACGACGGCGACAUUGCCUCCCUCUUCGGCCUCGUGGUGCACAUGGUGUUGCCCUCGCAGGCAACUCCAGCAGACGCGUUAAACGAGGAGGGUGCCGCACCGUCGUCGACCGAGGCAGCACAGCCGCCAUCGCCGGUGACCAUCGGUGCGGUGAAGGACGAGGUGGCGCUGCGCACUGGUAUUCCCGCGUUACAGCAGUGCCUCGUCUACGAGGCGAUGUCACUGCAGGACAGCCUUCCGGUGCACCUGCUGCUCUCCGCUGCGGCAGAUGACGAGGAGGAGGGGGAGGAAGGCGACGACGCAGAGGGGCGCCGCCUGCGUCUCCUCUGUGUGCCGCUGAAGGCGGAUGCGACGCCCACGUGGCCCUCACCGAGGCGUCGCUCCAGUGUUGCGGGUGCCGGCGCUGAGACGAGACACGUCAGAGCACCUGGCGGAAAUGAAAAGGAGGCAGACACCGCCAGCGACGACGUGGAUGACCUGACGUCGCUGCUGCUGCUCUCGCCGGUCCGCCAUGGCGUAUCCACCACCCAAACCGCACCGCAAGACCUGCCGGGCAGCACCACAGAAGCGGCACCGGUGGCACGUCGUGGAGCCGUCCCCUUCACGCUUUCCGACGGCACUAUCGCGAGUCCAGCCACAACAGCGUCGGCGACGGUGAAGAGGAUUCAAAACGAUGCCGCAGCGCAGCGUUCAGGCGCACCAGGCACGGCACAGGAAGCCGUCUCGCGGCACAUCGAUCGCCUGCGACGCCUUUAUCUGGAUGAUGGUAACCGUGACCCAAACGACGACGACGCCGCGGCAUCAGCAGCAGCAGCAGCCGUCAACACGAAUGGCUACGACGCCUCUUCUCCCCCAUCGAUGCUGCCUCCGCCGCGUGACUACCUUUUGCAUCCAGCAUAUCAGCUCAACCAAACAGGCGGCGUGGAGUCCGCAGACCCGGUCGUACACGCGCUGCAGCAGCGGCUCCUUCUGUCUGAGCUCACAGCCCCCUCCACUACCACCACCACCACCGGCACCGGCGGCAGUAGCCGCGCCAUCCCAGCGGUUUACCGCGGUGCUGCGGCUGCGGCUCUCAGCGACGCCCUCCUUGCAGCUCUUCCCGCCCCACCGGUGCGUCGACCCAACUCGCACAUCAGCGGCGGCGGCGUCGCUGUGGGUAGGGGAGGCGCUGACGGGGUUAUAUCGGGCUACUCAGCCCCCACAGCGGCGGCUUUGGCGGUGCAGCGCACACAACCAACGCGACGCCCAUCGACAGCAACGCCGACGAGCUCAACAGCAGCGGCGGCGGCGGCAGAAGCGGUGGCGCGGACACGCUUCGCCAUUCACCCGCUUCCCACAUCAACGAACGCACCGACUCCAACGCUAUCCGCGGCAACUGGGCCGACCGUGUCUUCCGCCGCUGUACAGCGGCGCACUGCACGGAGCGAGGGCUUUUACCCGCAGAAGUCGGCACUUCCGGACGCCAAGGCGAACGGGUCGCAGCGGGGCUCGGACACGGAGGACAGUUUCGGCGGUGGUGUCGACGCAAGUUGGCUCUCGUCGUCGCACGCCUCUGCGUACUCGGCCCGUGACGCCGGCGAGGUCGGUGUAGCGAUGUCGCCGUCAUAG